AUGAGGCCGGCCGUGAUCGGGGCCGCUCUUGCUGUGGUCGGGCGCAUCGCCUUAGCGCCGAUGAUGCUCAUUCUGGUGUUUGCCAGCACUGGUUACCUCACCACCGGCACGUUCUUCAUCGAUGCCAAGGACAGCUACUUCGCCUUCAACGAGAUGGACCUGGUCAUGACGGGAGGCUGCGGCCAUGCCACCUCCCGUGCCGAUGCAUUCAACCACGAGGUGCUCAAGAGCAAACCCAACUUCGAGAGCUUGUUCACUGCCACGUCGUGGGAUUAUUCGGCUCUCAGUGCUGAAGCCUUGGCGCUCGGAGAUGCGCUGGACGCCAAUGAAGCCAUCUGCACGAGUGGUGUGAACGAGUGGGGGUCUCCAAACAUCGUCAUCACAGCCACAGGCGAGGAGAUCCUCGAUGUGAUCACCGUGCUGAAGCUAUCAGUGGCGCCGCAGAUGCUGGCAGAGCUGAGGAAGGGGAUUGAGCUCAAGAGCGAGUGCGAGACUAAGUGGGCCAUCAUGGCCCUGAUCCAUUUGUUCCAGUUCCAGACCGUCAAGGACAGCCUGGACUACUCGUCGAUCCCCGCCGCCGACUUUAAUGUGUUCCCCGAGUACACCGAGUGUCGGCCUGCUGUCUCGAAUGACAACAUCGUCGGGGUGAAGCUGGCUUUGGCCACUGAUGGGGACGAUCCGCUCGCAGUUGUCCCUGAACUGUUGACGCAGUUUCCGUACGAAUUCAAGAGCAACUUGUCGCCCGUGUCUCGAACGAUGCCCGCGCACAACACAGUUCACAAGGCCACGACUGUCACUCAGUCCUUGUUUCACGCGUACUUCGGAGGCUGUCGAGUUCGAGAGGUCAACACUACGGGCGUGUACAUUGAAGACACUUGCUCUCUGAUCAAGCGGUGGGAGACGUAUGGCCUCAUGAUCCAGUCGCCCGACGACAUUCCAGUAUGCACCACUAGCGGUGUGUGCGUCCAUAACUACUACAACUCGCUCUGGGAGUGGGUGAGCAAGGUUGAUCCCAGCGUGGAAGGGAGGAUCGCCGAGUACAUCAACGUCUUCCGAAGUCGCUACGCUGAUACUGUGGAGCUAAGCGUCCUACCAGGGAUGGUAGUGCUGCAGAUGCUGCUCAUGGGGAUCAUCAGCCUGUACCAAGUGAUGUCACACAAGCGCUCGGUGUUGCUGACUCAGACAUGGGCGUAUCGAUGCCAGAAUGGGCGGAUGCAAGUGCUCUACCUCGCUCAAGUCACGUAUCACUUGGCCCGCAACUCGGAUUUGUACUACUUGGGCCUCGCCACGGGGACGCUGACGCUGGAGUCGCUGGCCAACUUGACGUUCAGCUUCUUCGCCUUCUCGUACUCGUUUAUCAACCUGGUGAAGGCGCGUUCGGGCGAGCAGCAAUUGGAUCGGUACUUCCGACUGACCUGGGAGACCAUGCAAGUGGUCAUCACGACCUGUGUAGCAGUGGCCCUGUUCUCGGUGAGGUGA